GCAGUGGAUAGUGGAGGGAGGCCGCACCCUGACUGUUAUUAAAUUGUAAAUAGAUUUUAGAAAAAGAAUUUUACAUAAACAUUAUAGAUUUCAGGUUUGUUGUAUGAGUCCCUGGCCUGCAUCUAUUUUCAGCGCCUCAUUUUAAGGGUCAACAACCUCUUUGUAUCCUACAUAUACGCUAACCCUCAUCUCGAAGCCAAUCUCUGUUUGUUGUGCCCUCCCCUUGUUAGAUAAAGAUUGCUGCUUAUGAAAGAUUGUUCCAGUUAGCACUUGCAAUAGUGUGAGCAAGUAUGAAUGAACUGGAUAGUUUGAGGCAAGAAGCAGAGACGUUAAAAAAUGCCAUACGAGAUGCUCGGAAAGCGGCUUGCGACACAAGCCUUGUCCAGGCAACAAGCAACAUGGAACCAAUUGGCAGAAUACAAAUGCGCACACGUCGAACCCUUAGAGGUCAUUUGGCAAAAAUCUAUGCCAUGCACUGGGGCUCUGACUCUAGUAUUUGCAGGAACCUAGUAUCUGCAUCACAGGAUGGGAAACUAAUAGUUUGGGACAGCUACACAACGAACAAAGUUCAUGCUAUCCCUCUGCGCUCGAGCUGGGUCAUGACGUGUGCCUAUGCUCCGUCGGGGAGCUAUGUGGCUUGUGGUGGCCUUGACAACAUUUGUUCAAUCUACAGUUUGAAGACCAGGGAAGGAAACGUCAGAGUCAGCCGUGAGCUUCCCGGUCACACAGGCUAUCUAUCGUGCUGCAGGUUUCUGGAUGAUAAUCAAAUUGUGACCAGUUCGGGAGACAUGACCUGUGCUUUGUGGGAUAUCGAAACUGGUCAGCAGUGCACAUCUUUCAUUGGACACACUGGUGAUGUCAUGUCACUAUCUCUUUCUCCAGACAUGCGGACAUUUGUUUCUGGUGCAUGUGAUGCGUCUGCUAAGUUGUGGGACAUCAGAGAAGGGUCAUGCAAGCAGACUUUCCCCGGGCAUGAAUCUGAUAUCAACGCUGUCACAUUCUUCCCCAAUGGAUAUGCUUUUGCUACUGGUAGUGAUGAUGCUACAUGUCGCUUAUUCGAUAUUCGUGCAGACCAAGAAUUAGCCAUGUAUUCUCAUGAUAACAUCAUUUGUGGUAUAACUUCAGUGGCAUUUUCCAAGUCUGGUCGUCUUCUUCUUGCUGGCUAUGACGACUUCAACUGUAAUGUUUGGGACUCCAUGAAAACUGAACGAGCUGGAAUUCUGGCUGGACACGAUAACAGAGUGAGCUGUCUUGGUGUGACUGAAGAUGGAAUGGCAGUGGCCACUGGUUCAUGGGAUAGCUUCUUGCGAAUCUGGAACUAAAUAUUUAAUUGCAACACAAACAGCAUUAUGAAAUAAAAUAUCAGCAACUGAGAGAUUGCAAUUGAAACAUUAAGACUGUGUCUCAAUUCGCUGUAAGAAUGCUCUUUUGCAUUCUCUUGCAGUCUCGUUAUGUCAUUUAAAAGUGCCCUUUGGGUGUGCAUCAGCAGAGAGAAUCUAUGUGGGCGUAUAAUAUAAGAAGAAGUUAGAUUAUGUGUGCUUUUUCAGUCUAAAUGUUUUCAUCUUCUUUUAUUUUUGAUUGAUGUUUGCAAAGUAAAUAUUCUGUAAAAUUUAUAAUGUUAAAAUAUUUUUUUGAUUCUCUUAAGGAAACAGUUUUAACAGCAUUAUUAUUAGCAACUGUGGUCAUAUUAGCAUUUUAAAUUGAUGUACAAGUUUUGUGAAGGGUAUUUAAGUCCCUAGCUAUUUUUAUGUUUUUUAUUUGAAAUUAAUUCAUAAAUAUUUUUUCCCUCUUAAAUCCUUUAUUUCUUAGAGUUUGCUUGCUAUAACAUGACUGAAAAUUAUUUAUUGAUAUUGCCUAACUUUCUUGACCAUGAUUGGCAAAGCUAUCAGACCUCCUACAUUUUUUAACAUCUUUGUAGAGACAAGAUACUGCCCUUACGUUGCAGUCACCCAUCACUGCGUUAUCCAAGGGAAUGGCAUUCACAAGUUCCCUAGCAAGUGAUGGACUAAGCAGAUACAUAUGAAUACUCUCACAACCUGAAGCUGUAAAUUAAAAAAGGUCGUGGGUAUGUGGUCUUAAUUCUAAAAAAAAUGGUUGUGUGCUUUUUUUUUGUCAUGUACAAUUUUUGGUUUGUGUACUCUGUGUGUGUUAAGUUUCAUGUGUGACUGGGGACAAGUAUUGUGAAGAAAGCAAAUUAGAACGAGUUUGCAAGAGAGUGCUUGUGAACAGAGUGCUGUCUGAAUUGGGACACGGCCUAGAAAGGGUAUUGCGUAAAGUUCAAAAAUGGUGAAACUUUUGUGAUUUCAAAUUUCUAAAAUUACUGUGCUUUAUUGUUAUAAGUUUCUUGGCUGUCUGCAGUUUUCAGAUUUGUCACAAUAUUGUAAAAUUGAUAGAUUAAAGAAUAGCUUAAAACUACUUAGAUGCCUCUUUUUGUUAUUAAUAUUCAUGUUAAUAACACAUCAGGUUUUCUAUGUAUAGUACAUUUUUUUUGUCUUUUGAAGAUAUUUAUUUUUUGCAUGUGUUGUGAUGUGACUUCAUAAAGCUAGGCCACUCAAAUUGGGUAAAUGUGAAUGCUUAUUAGUCACGCGUAUGGGUUUUAAGUAGUGUGGAAUUAAUUGAAGUGUAUUUUGUGUUUGUGUCAAUUGCUUUUAUUUAAUCUCUGCAAGAUUUUGGCUAGUGAAUGGAAUGUUUUGUACACCUGAGAGAGGGGAUUUUCCAUUUAUGACGGUCAUUAAAUCUAGUUGCAGUGAAGUACAUAUCUUGUAUAGGAAAUAAUGAAAUAAUUACAAAAUACUUUUAAAAAUUCAUUAGCCUUUUGCUACUCCAGUGACUAGUAGGAAUUCUACUGGCCUGAUUUUUGGAGGCCGCCUUUUCCCAGUUGCAUCACAAUGUGUUGUGUGUUAUUUGUGUGUGCCAUUUAUACAUAUGGAUUAAUUGUAUUUCAUAGUAGUGUAUUUAAUGUUGAAGCAUUUAUAAUAAUGAUACUUUACAUCCUUUAUUAUUAUCAUCUUCUAAUGGGUUUUUGUUUUUAAGUUGUGAAUAUUACAUAAACUGAAUGUGCAUGACAGAAUGUUGAACUUAUAUCAUGAAUGAAAAUAAGAAUUUUUUUUUCGUAUUCUGUACUUCAAUCUUUAGUCUCCUUGCUGUUAAAAACUGUGUGAAUACAAAUCAAAACUACAACAUAAUUUGACAUUCUUUAUUUUUCUGUAUAUUUCUUUCUAAAUGGUGAGUCAAGAGAGUGUAAUUUUUUAUUUGUAUAUAUAUUUUAUAUUUUAAAGUAACUUAAAAUUUAUCCUGUAUUCAUUCCAAAUAAACUUUGAUGAUGUCUCUACAAUUUUUUUAAAUUUUUAUGUGAUACUAGUGUUAAAAAGCAGUCCACUCUACAACAGUAAUAUGUAACUAUAAUUUACAUCCCCUAAUUAAAUUUAAAACUCAAGCAGUUAACAAUUUGUGUUUCAGAUAAGCACAUAAAAUUUUGCCUUUUAUGUGACUGGUAUUGUGAAACAAAAUAUAUGUACAGUAUUAUUCGGAAAGUAAGUAUCAUAAGUAUGACUUGUAAUUAUUUAGUAUUAACUUAAUAUAAAUUAUUGCGAUCUGUAUGCAGUGUAGUACCUAACUAUGGACUUCACGUUCAUUCUAUGAUGCACCAAAACAACCAAAUUUGGUUUAAUUCUGCAUGGAGGAGUGACUUUAUAUUGCUUGGUUUUCAUGUGAAUGCUUAGGCUUAAGAAUAUGGAAUAAGGAAGGAUUUUUAAUGUAUGAUUAUAUCUCAGGUGUGAGGAGUCAUAAUUGCUGUUAUAUGACACAGUACAGGUGUGUUGUGCUAGUGGAAUCGGGGUAAGGGUGAAUGAUAGUCAUUGGACUAAACAUAGUUCAACAGGGUUUUCACUUCAGCUAGCCCUUUGAUGUUUCAGACAUCUAUUAUACAUUUAAUAUUAAUCUUAACUGUAUUUGCAGUAAUUUAUGAAAUUAAAUGCUCUGAAGAAAUAAUUGUUUUUUCUGAACAUUUGCUUUGACAUUAAAAGCCAGAAGGGUUCCAAAUAGUCAUGUUUCCUUUCCCACUUAAAGUUUCAUCUCUUUACAUCUGCCUAUCAUUCUUUUAAGUUCUUAUGUUUAAUUUUUUGGUGUCAAAACAAUUAAAAUAAGUUUUAUGUUUAAUGAUACUGGCAUUAUUAAAAACUCCUUUAGGUGUUUUAUCUUUGAUAAGUAACCUACUUGCUUCAUCCAGAAUUUUUCAGAUUUUAAAUUUUUUUCAUGCAGAAAUUAAAGCUUUUGCUUUAUGGUAUCGUGAAACUUAAAGAUAUAGACUGUGUUUGGAAACUCAUUUUUGUACAUGUUAUCCUUUUAUUUUGUACUUCAAAGUGUGUUACAAUUAAUUAAGUAGUAUUAACUUGCAUAAUGUAUGCUAGUAACUAUAUUAUGGUUAAUAAAUUAUAAAAUUGAGUGGGCUUAAAAUUGUUAGCAUUUUGCGAAGCUGUGGUAUUUUAUGUACCGUUCGUAAUUGCAUGAAUCUAAAAAAAAUCUGUUCCACAAUUGAAUUUAAUGAAUUUUCGUUGGCUGUACAUUUUAGUUUAAAUUUUUUAGGGUCGUGAUUUGUGAAAUUUAAAUUUAUUACUGUUCAUGUAAAUAUAAAAAAUAGUUCUCUUACACACACAAUUAUAUUGGUUAUACUUGGUUAUGAAGUAAGAUGAAAUUUUGUGUAAUUGAAAAGUGUUGAACACAGAUUUAAUAAAAGAUAUUACAAAACUAGGUGGGUUACAUGUGAGUGCAGUCGUAGCAGUGUGUGGGCGGUACUUGGUCACUAGUGCUCCCAUGCCCAAUGUUAACAAUUUAUGGUGAAAAUUUAUAUAUUAUUUAUUAAGUUUAUUUAAUGUAGUGUUCAAAAUAUUUGCGUCUUGAGAUUUAUGGGGAAAAAACAUCCAAACUUCAUAAAACACUUUUUUUUUAUUAUUAUUUUCAUUCACAGACUAGUUAAUGUGCAAACACACUAAAUGUUUCUGGUUCAGUAUGAUAUUACUAUUAUUGUGUUAAACGUAUAGCUGCUAAUAAUCACUCUUAAACGUUAUGAAAACUUUGUCAACUUUUUUUUUUUUUUUUGCUAUGCUGGUAAGUUGUAGCCUACCUGCAAAUGCCUUCUGGAUAAAACAUUAUGUAUUAGCAAGUGGUAUUUGAUUUGUGGGGAAGGGGAAAUUGUAAGCCAGUUUUUUCGCAUCAUUUGUAAUAUGAUUGUAAGUCCCAUGUGUAAGGCUAAAAAUUACUUUUAAAUUUUUGGACUUUAACUUAAACUAUAGAAGCAUCAUCAAAGACUAGUUCAUAAUGCACAUGUAGAUAUAAAUAAGUCAUAAAAAUAAUAAUGUUCCAAAUGAUUUUUUCAUUACCACUACACAGUUUUCAGUCUGGCAUCAGAAUAGCAUCAAAUGCAAAAUUUGAGUAGACAUUCUUAUAUUUUCCCCUGUCUGUAAAUGUUAGGUAAUCUACCUGCAAAUGCCACCAAACAAAAAAGUAGGUUGUGAUGUUCCUAACAGCUUGUAGAUUCACGAACUAAUUUGGUGUUUCAUGUAGCAUUUGUAAGCAGGACUAUUUUCAGAAUCCUGUUUGCAUGGCUAAAAACUAUAUUUUAAUUUUAAUCUUUUGGUAAAUACGUACAUCUUCAAAACAUUGUGGACAGCAGCCAAAGCACUAAUGGUUUUUAGUAUGUGUUGUUAUUAGAUGCAAAGAAGUGGUUGAAAAUAACACUGGUGGAAGAAAGAUCUUUACUACUACUAAAACUACUAUGCAACUUUCAAGAGAUUGCAAACAGCUCUUUUUAACACUUGUUAAUUCUGUGUUGCCAAGCUGAUCUGUCAUGAGCUCAAAACAAUGUGGUAUUCCAGUUGGAUAUUCGGACUCUAUUAUAAAAGUUAUUGCGUAAAAUAUUUAUAGCAGCAUUGCUUUGCGCUGUGAGUUAUCGAUUUACAUUUGGUGUUUAGGUUGCCUGUCCAUGCACAUAUGGGAAGUAAUUGAUAAUUGGCCUUGCAAAGAUUUUUUCUGUCAGCAGGUGUCGUGCACUAUGUUCAUUAUGUGUUUUUUUAGGCCGCUGGCUAUUAUAUUAUGUUAUAGUACAUGCAUAUUAAAUUUUUUGUGCGGAUACUUAGAAAACGCACUUGAAAAUAUUUUGCACAAGUAAUAGCAGUAGCCACUAAUAAAUACAGUUUUCACUUUAUGCAGAUACUACUAGCCUGUAGCAGUUACGAAUAUAUUAAUUAACUUAAAAACCAAUUCCAAUUUAGACUGCCUAUCCAAAAAUGUACUAGUUUCUAUUAAGUUCUAUUCCUAUUGCAAUUUAUUGCUGUAACAUGAAAUUAAAUAUGCCAAUAUUGGUACAAUGAAAUUCAAAAUAUUGUACUACAAGCAAUUAAAGGACAAAGAAGAAAAUAUAAUUUAUUUUCCUUAAUUGUUAUUAACAUUAUCAUUACUAAAGGUUGUACGUAAAUGCCAAUUCAUGGAAAUGAUAGGUCAGAUUUUAAAUUUUUAAAAAAUAAUUCAUUUGUGGUUGAAAAAGUGAUUUGUUUAGUAUAAUGUACAAGUCAACUUGUAAGUUACAGCCAAAUUUACAUACAAAAAUUUAAAUAAAACAAAUGCUUGGAUUUUUUUAAUGUUCCUGAUGUAAUGGAAAUUGGGUGGUUUAGAUAUUGUACUGCUGCAUCAGGUGCAUAUUUAAUAUAAGAAUAAUUUAUUUCAUGAAAAUUAGUGUAUUAAAACAGUGAAGUCAUUUUGUUCAUACAAGGAAUCUUUUUAAAAUGCCUAGACAAAGGUUGUAACCAGUUACUAGGUGCAUUAAAAUAGUUGAUUAGUUCUGUUUUAUUUAUGCUUUAGUGCCUUAUGUUUCUCCAGGACUGCAUGUAGCUAUAACCACUGGCUAAUCGUUCACAAAUCCUUUGUCUGCAAAAACAUGUUUUUGACAAAGUUUGGCAUGCAUCUCUCUUACCAACGAUGUGUACAAAUAUUUGUCCUAGGUGUCAAAAAUUUGAAGCAAAGGGACAAUCAUUGUACAUUUGUUUGAUGGAUCAUUGUACAUUUGUUUGACCGAUCAUUGUACAUUUGUUUGACCAAUCAUUGUAAAUUUGUUUGACCAAUAAUUGUUGCAAUAUGUUAAUGUGUUGAAAAGACACUUGUGUGAUGUCAUUUCGUACUGUAUCGUAAGAAUGUUAAGAUUAGAGGUUGGCUACCAGCGUUGCAUGCCCAGAGAACGAGGUGUCCAGGCCCGGUCACUAACAGAUGCUGCUCAAGGUGAGUUUCAGUUUGUAAGUGAAUCAACCCUCAAAAGUAAUAAUCUAAUGUGCUCUCAAUUUUUUUUCCCCUCCUUGUGUUAGCAUGCAUAAAAUAUAAUAUGUUAGAUAUUUUUUGUUCUCUGUGGAUUAUUUAACACAUGCUUGAUUGAUGUUAUAAUAAGAAGAAAUACUUUUUAAGCAGGCUUUAAAGGCAUCUGUGAACUCACAAUUUUUGACACUUGGAAAGUUAAUUUAAAACUUUGGUUAUUGCCAAGCUCAUUAAAGCCUGAAACUCUUCAAUCGGGUAUUGAAUGUGAUAUUUGAGAAAGCAAAGAAACAUUCGAAGGAAUAUGUAGGCACUUCAAAAAGCUAGUUGUACACUACUUAUACAUAGAAAUAUUCAGGUUGCAAUGACUACUUCAGGUGAACAGUUCGCCACUGUGUUACAGGUAACUGUUUCUUUUUUGUAUACAAUUUCUUAAUGGUUGUAAGUAAUAUACUCCCAAGUUUUUUUUAAAUAUGUAUAUAAUUGUUUGAAAUUUAUUUAUUUAUGUAUCAAUUUUUGCUCACUUAAACUUUUUGGAACAUUUUUGCAUUGGCAAUUAACUGAUUCAUUUCAAUUAUUUACCAAGGGUUUGACAGGUUUCAAGUAGCACAUUUGUGCCAACAUGGUAGACUAGAUAAGCAAAUAUUUUGUUAUUUCAGCUGAAAUUUGUCUUCAUUAUGGUCUAGAAUUCCUAAUGACUAAAAGUAUUAGUUUCUCUGGUUUGGAAAAAUAUGCAUUAUCCUGCCAUUUCAUUAAAAGAAAAACUUAUAAUUUAGUGGUGUGUGGUAUAUAAAUGGCUGAGACUCAUUAAACAUUGCUCUGUUAACGUGAGGGCAUAAAAUAUUUCAUGAAAUUAAUUGGAGUGCGAUACUUAGUUUCUAAUGUUAGUGUUAUAUUCAACAUACAUUUGUAAAGUAGAUGAAUUUGUGGGACAUACUUGGUUGGAAAAGUUAACAAGAAAAUCUACCAAUUUCACUUUUGUCAAAAGUUCAUGUUUAUGUAGCUUUGGGGGUCUGCUUUUAUUGUGUUGUUGUAUUGGGUUUUACUUUACAAGUAAAGUUAUAAAUUGGUUUAUAUAUUUGAAUCAAGCUGUAGGUGUGAUGUCGCACUCUAAAACGACUAAAUAAGUUAUCACCGGUUAUUUUUGAUUUGGGUCACGUUUCAUUUAUAUUUUGUAUUGUUAUUUUACAUUAAAACUAUUAAUUUUUUAGUAAAAUUAUCUUUUAGUUAAGGAGGCACAGGUUGUUCAUUUGAGGGUUGAAUACACACACUUAAAUUCAUUACUAUAACUGUCAUAGUGUAAUACUGAUGACUGUUCAGUGCAUUUAUUUGAAUUUUUUUUCAUUGAGACAUUUGAACUAAAUAUUUUAUACAACAGUAUUGGCAAGUUAUGUAUAUAUGAACAUUUUAGCAAUUGGAAAUAAUUUUGUUCUAUUAUCUGUGUAAAGUUUAUUGUAUUUUGUUUAUAGUAUACUGGAAGAAACUUUGUUUUGCUUAUAUUGUAGUUAAUAACGUAAUAGUUAAGUAGUAAGUUUCACAGUGAGUGUCCAGCAGUUUGAAAGUAAUGUGUGCUCUUAUACAUGAAGGCAUCGAGUUAAUGUAAAUGAAGAUACCUGAGUAUUUGAACACCAUUGUAUGUUCUUGUGUGUGUCCAUUUGGAAAGUGAUGUGUCUGCUAAUACAUAAAGGCAUCGAGUUAAUGAAAAUGAAGAUACCGGAGUAUUUGAAACACCAUUGUAUGUUCUUGUGUUUUGAAAAUAUAAAUGUUUAUGAACUGUC